AUGCUACUACCUGUGCCUGAACCCAAUGGAUUGGAAAUUCAAAAGCUUGCUGUGCUCGUUCAACGCACGGGCUCUAUCAACCUUAGCACGACAGAUGCUUUCAUGUCUCUCAUGGACGUCAAAGCGGUAGACGGCGCGUGGACGCAGCUCUGGGUUGGCGACCCAACGAAGCUAGAUCUUAAAAGCGACGGA